AUGGUCAACUCCUGUUGCGGCUCCGUGUGCUCUGAGCAGGGCUGCGGCCAGGGCUCCUCCCAGGAGACCUGCUGCCCCCCUUGCUGCCAGCCCAGCUGCUGCCAGCCCACCUGCUGCACCACCAGCUGCUGCAGGCCCAGCUGCUGCAUCUCCAGCUGCUGCCAGCCCUGCUGCCGCCCCAGCUGCUGCGGCUCCAGCUGCUGCCGCCCCACCUGCUGCAUCUCCAGCUGCUGCCGCUCCAGCUGCUGCCGCCCCACCUGCUGCAUCUCCAGCUGCUGCCAGCCCUGCUGCGGCUCCAGCUGCUGCAGCCCCUGCUGCUGCCGCCCAGUCUGCUGUGGCUCCAGCUGCUGCAGCCCCUGCUGCAGGCCCCCCUGCUGCAGCCCCUGCUGCCGGCCCCCCUGCUGCAUUUCUAGCUGCUGCCGCCCCUGCUGUGGCUCCAGCGCCAGCUGCUGUGGCUCCAGCUGCUGCCGCCCCAGCUGCUGCCGCCCCUGCUGUGGCUCCAGCUGCUGCAGCCCCAGCUGCUGCCGCCCGGUCUGCUGUGGCUCCAGCUGCUGCAGCCCCUGCUGCCGGCCCCCCUGCUGCAUCUCCAGCUGCUGCCGCCCCUGCUGCUCUGCUGGUUCUUGCUGCUAGUGGCCCGCUCUGGCCCCAGGGCCCCCUUGCCCGCCCGUCAGUGGGGAAGAGAGCAGCUAGCUCGACAGACACGCGGCACCUGCCGCCGCGAAUUUACACACAGGCCCACGGGCUGAUGGCAAACCUCGGGGCUCUUAACUGUUGCUCUUUCUCUUUUGGACACAUCUCAUCA